GAGCUUACCACACAGCCAAUAAGGAUUGGUUUGCACGGCCUGUCCUUCUGUGGACGGGAAGCAGCGACAGGCUGCUGGUACUAGCAGCAGACAUGAAUUCCUUGGAGCAGGCCGAAGACUUGAAGGCCUUUGAGAGAAGACUGACAGAGUAUGUCUCCUGUUUGCAACCUGCAACCGGCAGGUGGAGAAUGAUCCUGAUAGUGGUGUCCGUUUGUACUGCUACUGGGGCUUGGAACUGGUUGAUAGACCCCGACACACAGAAGGUCUCGUUCUUUUCGUCACUGUGGAAUCAUCCCUUCUUCACCAUCAGCUGCAUCACUCUAAUAGCUCUCUUCUUUGCUGGGAUACACAAACGAGUUGUGGCACCAUCCAUUAUUGCUGCCCGAUGUCGGACAGUUUUAGCAGAAUACAACAUGUCCUGUGAUGAUACGGGGAAACUUAUUCUCAAACCAAGACCUCACAUCCAAUAACCACCGGCUCGUGUGGGCUGCUCAGACACUGUACCUGGCCUUUGCUGAGAGCCUCCGAUCGCUCAGUGACCUGCGUCCUCUGGGUGCUCACGUUUCUGCCAUUGUGACAGGACAAGGGCGAAAAGAACGGAUGGGGCCUUUUAACAGUGUUGCUGUGGCGAUGUCUUCAUUUGAAGCUGCUGAUCCGCUCACACAGCCUUUGAUAUAUUUUAUUCAGUCGGUUUGAGUUCAGAUGUGUUUAUUUCUGUUUCUGAUGUCAAGCAUGUAUUUUAUCUAAAUGUUUCUAUUUUUAAAAUUAAUUACCUAAUAAACUCUCCAGGUGUGGAAAA